AUGACAGCUCGGGGCCUGGAGGAGAUUUUGGGUCCAUUUCCAAAUGAAACAACCUGCCGGGUGAUUGACUGGGUGAAGGAGGAGGUUAAACGCCAGAGUGGAAACACAGAGAGUGAAGCUGGUAAAAGGAGCCUCCUGAACACAUUGCACUACCUGUUUGAGUCUCAGAAUCGUGGACUGGCUCAGGCCGUACUGGGAUCUGUGGAAUCACUUUCAUUCCGUGAAAUGACACUGACCCCAAUUGACUGUGCGGUCCUGUCGCAUGUCAUCGGACUCUGUGAUACAAUAAAACACCUCGUCCUGGAGAAAUGCCACAUUCAGUGUGAAGGAUUCCAGCGGCUGGGACCCGGGCUGCACAAGUGCCUGGACGUGAGACUUCGGGAGAAUGACGUGGGAGAUUCAGGAGUGAAACUGGUGUCUGCGGUUCUGAGGAACCCGGAGUGUAAAAUAAACAAAUUGGAGCUGAGGGGAGUCGGUCUCACAUAUUCUGGUGCCGAGGAUCUCGCCUCCGCUCUCAGUACAAACCCAUUACUGACAGAGCUGUACCUGGGUGGUAAUAAACUGGGAGAUUCAGGAGUGAAACUGGUGUCUGCGGCUCUUAGGAACCCGGAGUGUAAAAUACAGAAACUGGGGCUGGACAAUGUCGGUCUCACAGAUUCUGGUGCCGAGGCUCUCGCCUCCGCUCUCAGUACAAACCCAUCUCUGACGGAGCUGGACCUGAGUUAUAAUAAACUGGGAGAUUCAGGAGUGAAACUGGUGUCUGCGGCUCUGAGGAACCCGGCGUGUAAAAUACAGGAACUGUGUGGCGCAGCUUCCUCCGAAUAUGUGGAUUCGAGUCUUCCCACGUGA